UGUGAGUUUAGUAGUGAAUUUUUAGAGUAAGAGAGAGAGAGAGAGAGGGAUAAUAUGACUUUCGUCUUUUUAUCGUAAUAUCGUAUAAAAACACGAAAGCCUCGAACGUCGCGCAAACGCGGACAAUAUUUAUCCGGCCGACAUAGACCUGGUUCUGUAAGUAGGUCAUCCCCUCUUGAUAUUUAACAAUCCCGCACAGCCUCACUGUAUUAAGUUUUUUUUUCUCCUCUUUUUUUUGCUUCACCAUAAAUACUCUCCUCUUUCACCUCUCUUCAUCUACUCCUUCUUAACAAUUUUUUUUUUUUUUUUUUUACCUCUUUACCUCUUUUUUUUUUUUAAAUUUCAUCACCCCACCAAAAGCCGCAACCACCAUAGAGGCACCUGGCCGCGCGCGUUCUGGCAUGCGCUGCUGGAUCACUUUCACUUAUUCCUCAUCGUCUUUUCUUCAUCGAGAAUUCGCUAAAAUAUACAUUUUUUAUUAUAAAUUACAUCGACAAAAGUGUUUGAUUAUAUUUUGAAAAAGUUAUUUUUCCUUUUUUCAUUUUGGAGUAAAAAAUUUGUUUUUUUUUGUCGAAUUUUCAGAGUAAAAUUAAAUUUACGCGGGUAAAAUUUGAAUAUUAAGGCCCAUAGUGAAAACUAUGAGACUUCACAAGAAGGCAAGGGUCAUCAUAGGACUGUCGUAGGGUUGAAAGUGGGUGGUAAUAUUAAAAAAAAAGAAGGGGUCGAUUGUAAGAACUUGCGAGGGGGGUUUAUUGAAAAUAAUAGUAAUAAUAAAAAGACUUGAGUGUAUGUAUGUAUUACGCGUUUUGUGUGUGAUGUGAUAGAGUAGUGUGAGACCGGCAAUAAUGAGAGGAGAGGGAGGCCAACACAUAGAGGGCGGGCCCUUCAGGAGAGCAACGAGGCGAGAAGACAACUAGUCGCACGAAGAUAGUCGAGCUGUCAGGUCGUACAACGUCCGGGCUCGUCAAUAAUUUAUAUAUUCAUUUUCAUAUAAAUUAUUAAUAAUUUUUUGUUAUUUAUAAAAUUAUUAUUAUCGUGUGUUUAUAAUUGUGAAUUGAUUUUUUUUUUUUUUUUUUUCUUCUUUUCAUUUUUGACAUUUGUUUUUUACUCCAAAAUUUGAAAAAUAAAUUGAAAAAAAAAUAAAUAUAUACCAGUUAAUUAACAAGUUUGACCUAGUUGUUGAAAAAAAAUAAAUAAAUAAAUAAUUUGUGAUAAAUACAUUGGCAUAUUAAUAAACAAAAAAAAAGAAAAAAAAAUUUCAAGUGAUUGUACUCAAAGGUGUUCUCGGAUUACAGUGAGGAAAAAUAAAUAAAUAAAUUGGAUUAUAAUAAUUAUAAUAAAAAUAAUAAUUAAAAGGAUAAUUAAUAAUGAUUCGGACGAAAAAAUUGAUUAAUGUGAAAAUGACAAGGUCUAUUUUGUGCUAUGGUUGAUUUUCAUUGUAAACAUUUAUUGCCCUCAAGUGAGAGUGUUUCAUAAGUAAUUGAAAAAAAACAAAAAAAAAAACAAAACAAAGAACAUAUAAUAAUAAUAAUAAUAAUAAUAACCGAAUAGAACUAUCAAUAAAUAAAAACUUGAUGAUAAUUAUUUGUAAUCAAAGAGCGUGUGUGUGUUUUGUGUUGAAUAUCAUAAAAAAAUAAAAAUAAAUAAAUUGUCGCAAAUUUUAAGUAUAUGUGCCGGGUUAAUAAAACUUGGCCCAAGGUGAUAUGUUAUUGGACAUGGAGCAACAUUCGGGUCUAAUGUCCCUAAACAUGUCACCAUUUCAUUUGAGCCCACAGGGUAGUCCCCAUGGGCCAAGUGGUGCCCAACAAAAUCAACAACAAAAUCCUCAACAAUCACAAUACAAUACAAAUUAUGUUAGUUGUGCACAAAGUCCCCCAACGACAAUGUGCCAACAACAACAACAACAACAACAACAACAACAAUCCCAACAACAACAACAACAACAUCAACAAAUACAAUCAAAUCACAGUCAAAGUUCUCAAUCAAGUCAUUCAAAUUCAGUUGGUGCUAGUGGUAAUGGUGUAGGUAGUGGUGUUGUUAGUCAAGGUUCAAAUGUACUUGGUUUUGAAUCAGCAUUUUUUGAUUCAAUUGCACUUGAAGAACGUUGUCCAAUGUGUGGUGAUAAAAUGUCUGGUUAUCAAUAUGGUUUAUUAACUUGUGAAUCAUGUAAAGGAUUUUUUAAACGUAAUAAUUCACCGUGUAGUAAUAAAAAAGUAUACACGUGUUUAUUUUCACCAACAGGCAGUGGUGGUUGUGGUACAUCAUCGUCUAGUGGUGGCGGUGGUAGCAAUAGUAAUAAUAAUAAUAAUAAUAAUAAUAACAGUGGUGUUGUUGUUAAUAGUGGUGGUCAUGAUGCAAGUGUAAAUUAUUCUGGUGGUAAUAAUAAUAAUCAUAAUCAUAAUAGUAAUAAUAAUAGUAAUAGUAAUAAUAAUAGUAAUAUCAUCAACAACAACAAUACAACUGGUACAACUGGUACAGCAACAACAACAACAACAAAUGGUAGUAGUGUUAUUGGUGGUAGUAAUAAUAGUAAUAGUAGUAGUGGUGGUGUUGUUGUUGUUACUGGUGGUGUUGGUGGUGGUGUUGGUAAUAGUAAUAAUAGUAUAAUAAAUAGUAAUAAUAUAAAUAAUAAUAGUGGUAAUACUAAUGGCGCUGGCGUCAAUAGUAAUCCAAAUCAAAAUGUCGGUAGUUCUGGACAAUUAUCAGGAAAUAUGUGUCAUCCAGGAAUUGGACAAAUUGGUGUUGUAACUGGAUCUAUAUCUGGACCAUCUGAUUUUCCAGAUACCAAGGAUGUCAUUGAGGAAUUAUGUCCAGUAUGUGGUGAUAAAGUAUCUGGCUAUCAUUAUGGACUACUAACAUGUGAAUCAUGCAAGGGUUUCUUCAAACGUACUGUACAAAAUAAAAAAGUUUAUACAUGUGUUGCUGAAAGAUCUUGUCAUAUUGAUAAAACACAAAGAAAAAGAUGUCCAUUCUGCAGAUUCCAAAAAUGUCUUGAGGUCGGCAUGAAACUUGAAGCUGUACGAGCAGAUAGGAUGCGUGGUGGUAGAAAUAAAUUUGGUCCAAUGUAUAAAAGAGAUAGAGCGAGAAAAUUACAAAUGUUACGACAACGACAAUUGGCAUUACAAACAAUACGUGGUAAUUUGGGUGAUCCAAUAAAUUAUACAUCAACAGUACCAUCAUUUUUACAUAUUAAACAAGAAAUACAAAUACCUCAAGUAUCAAGUUUAACAUCAUCACCAGAUUCAAGUCCAUCACCAGCAGCUGUUGCUGCUGGUCUUGUUACAACACAAUCUGGUACAAAUAAUAAUAAUAAUAAUAACAAUAACAAUAAUAAUAAUAGUAGUAGUAAUAAUAAUAACAACAACACCAACAACAACAACAAUAAUAAUAAUAAUAAUGGAAGUGGUAAUGCUGGACAACAUCAAUUAAUAGCACCAUCAUCGCAACCAGCGUUAAUUGGUGGUAAUCAUCUUUAUAAUCAAAAUCAAAAUUUAGAUGUUAAAUUAUGGGCAGCAAAUUCAACAACAUCAAGUCCAAAACCAUUUAAUUUUGGUGAACAAUCAAAUCAAUCACAUCAAAAUAAUCCAGGACCAACAUCAUCAACUGGUACAAUACUUAAAACUAGUCCAAUGAUACGUGAUUUUGUACAAAGUGUUGAUGAUCGUGAAUGGCAAUCAUCAUUAUUUGGUUUAUUACAAAGUCAAACUUAUAAUCAAUGUGAAGUUGAUUUAUUUGAGCUAAUGUGUAAAGUACUUGAUCAAAAUUUAUUUUCACAAGUUGAUUGGGCGAGAAAUUCUGUAUUUUUCAAAGAUCUCAAGGUUGAUGACCAAAUGAAAUUACUUCAACACUCUUGGUCGGACAUGCUGGUGCUUGAUCAUCUACAUCAAAGGUUACACAACAAUUUGCCAGACGAGACAACACUUCAUAAUGGCCAAAAAUUUGAUCUUCUAUGUCUUGGUUUACUUGGUGUACCUUCUCUAGCUGAUUUAUUUAAUGAUUUAUCAUUAAAACUACAAGAACUUAAAUUUGAUCUGUCUGAUUAUAUUUGUGUUAAAUUUUUGAUGCUACUAAAUCACGAUGUACGUGGAUUGGUCAAUAAAAAACAUGUACAAGAAGGACAUGAACAAGUACAACAGGCGCUUCUUGAUUAUUGCAUCACGUGUUAUCCAUCAAUACCAGAUAAAUUCAACAAAUUGCUGGCAGUAUUACCGGAAAUUCAUGUUGUUGCAAGCAGGGGUGAGGAUCAUCUCUAUCAAAAGCAUUGCAAUGGUGGUGCACCAACUCAAACGUUACUCAUGGAAAUGCUUCAUGCUAAAAGAAAAUGAAAAUUUAAUUUAAUCUAUCUCGUAAGUCCCGGUUAUAAACCUCACACUAAUUACAAGAUGUACCUAAAGGGAAUAACAACAAGAGCACCAAUAAUUUAUAUAUUUAAUUUUUUUUUUUUUUCUCUCCAGUCAAUGGACCAAGUUUACAAACAAAACACAAAAAAAUUAAAUUAAUUAAAUUGACUCUUAAAUUCCCUGAAUUUUUUCUCUACAAAAAUAAUUGAAAUAAUUUUAAAGCUAAAAUUACGACAAUUUUUUUUAGAGAAAAAUCUAAACGAAAACGACAAAAAAAAAGAUUAAUCUAUUAUUGUAAAAACAAACAAAUGUUUUGAUAAUUUGAAUUUUACUUUAAAUAAAAGUGAAAAAAAAAUGUAACGAAUUCUUUUCAAAUAAGAAGCAAGAUUGUUCUCGCUUUUAAGAGAAAAAAAAAAGGAAAAAAAUUAUAUAUAAAAAUCAAGUUUAGUUUGUAUGUAACAUAGAAAAGAAAAGAAAGAAAAAAAAAUUAUUAUUAAAAAAAAAAAAAAAGAUAAUUACAUCUAUUUAAAUAUAUAAGAUAUAUUUUCUAUAUUUGAUGUUCAAGUUUUAGAGGUGUAACUGCAAGGUGUAAUAAAGCAAAAAUACAAAAUAACAUAAUUUAAAUAAUAAAUUUAAAUUGUAAAAGAAAAAAUAGCAAGUUGGGGUUGUCCCUCCUUCAUCGAGCAUGACGUCUCACGAGGUUGGUGGGCACGGGGGGUUUGAUGAUAAACAAAAAAAAUAAAGAAUAAACAACAACAACAACAACAACAGGGAGAUAAAUGUUAGAAAAAUAUAAUUAAAAAAAAAUAAAAUAUAAAAACAGUAAGCGAGAUGCCUUGGAAACAGUACAAAGGGUGGUUAGAUGAAUGUAAAAUGUUUUUAAAAAAAUUGAAUUGAAUAAUAUUUAAUAAUUGGUCAAAGGGGGCAGGCAACUUUUGUCUAGAUAAGUAAAUUGAUAUUUUUCUAAUAAUCUAGAGACGAUUAUUUUUUAAGAAUAUACCACUGAAGCCUUGCUCUCAAUAAAAAUUUAAAAUGAAAAAAUCAAGCAUCAAAUAUAUAUAUAUUUAAAUAAAUAAAAAAUCAAACAUAUUUUUUGAAUUGUUAUUAAUUAAUUAAUGGAAAAAAUUAUAAAUAAUUAUUUAGUAUUCAAAAUUUGCAGAUUGUAUUGUUCUUUUUACACAUAAAUAUUCAUAUACAUAUAAAUUUUUUUUUUUUUUGACUUGGAAAUAAAAUCAACCAGAAUUAACUUUAUCGAAAUAAAUAUUUUCGAAAUAAAUGAUUUCGAAAUAAAUUCAUUAAAAAUAGAUAAAUAGUAUAACGACAAUUGUGAUGCGUUUUAUAAAACGCCCGGCAAUAUUUAUAAUAAUUAAUUGA